AUGACUACUGAAGCUCAUGUCAUCGCCGGCCACAAGGCCAACCUCCACAACCCCAACACCUCUGAUGAGGCCAAGGAUCACUCCAAGGAGAUCCUGAAGGAGAACUUCAAUCUUGUCGUGGAUGGCAACAAGACCAAGGACCUUGAUCGCGUCGAAGCUGGCCUGAAGGGUGCUAUGCACAACGACAACCUCUCCGAGGAGGCUCAGUUUGCAGCUGCGGAGAGGCUGGGUGAACUCAAGAAGUGA